GACUGGCGCGCCAGCUACGUACUCCGGAAAGAGUCACGGAUUUUCUGAGAUUUGAUCAUCUGAGAUCGUCAUAUUCAAGCAACCCUUUUUAAAACAUAAACAAGCAAUCCAAAACGAAUCGGCAAUGUUCGAGGAAAACAAUAGCCCCACAACCGAUAAUUCGCUGUGGACACUUCAGGGUCGUCAAAGAGCGAGUCCCGCCCAAAGGUUGCACAAUCUCACGUCCGCCGGCUCAUCGACCUCAUCCUCCGGCCUUCCGUUACCGCAGAAUAUCUUCACAAAUCCAGCUAUCCAGCCGUCCAGCGUUAUAAAUCUCAACCACUCCACCGACGUGGUAAUCGGUCCCAUGACCCAAUACCAGGGACCGGUAUCCAUAUACUAUAUGGAUUAUAUGGAGGCACACGCCAUGCAAACGGCUGCAGGAAUCAACAGCAACAAUGCCAAUGGUAAUGGCAACGCCAAUCGAAGUCGUGAUAAGUCGCCAUCUAGGCGGGUCACUCGGAACACCAUCCUGCUGAUCACGCUGAUCCUGUUGGUCCUGGCCACCGGAUUGAUUGUGCUCUACGUGGAACUCAAUCGACCCAAGCCCGAGUUGCCCAGUAAUAAAGCCAUCUAUUUUGGCAACAACUACGACCACCAAACGUUUCCGAAUCUAGGAAACGGCCAUCUCGUCGUCGACAGAGAGCAGUGGGGAGCGUCGAAGAACUCUCAUGGUCUGACCAUUCCCCUGAAGCGACCCAUUCCCUACGUCCUAAUCACCCACAUUGGAGUGCAGUCUCUGCCCUGCGAUAACAUCUACAAGUGCUCCAUCAAGAUGCGCACCAUUCAGGAUUCAGCCAUUGCUGAGAAGGGUCUGCCGGAUAUCCAAUCCAAUUUUUAUGUUUCGGAGGAGGGUAACAUCUACGUUGGCCGCGGCUGGGACUGGGCCAACACGUAUGCGAACCAGACAUUGGCCAUUACCUUUAUGGGCGACUAUGGCCGGUUUAAGCCCGGUCCCAAACAGCUGGAAGGUGUCCAAUUUCUGCUGGCCCAUGCAGUGGCCAAUCGAAAUAUUGAUGUGGACUACAAACUAGUGGCGCAAAAUCAGACUAAGGUGACCAGAAGCCCGGGUGCAUAUGUGUAUCAAGAAAUCCGGAACUGGCCGCAUUUCUACGGCUGCGGAAUGGACGAAGCACCGGCCUGCGGCAUCGAAUUGGGCAUGAAAACGGAAUCGUGGGACGCCAAGCAAUAGCUACAGACUUUUCUACCACCUAAGUGUAACCAAGCACAAACUGUAUUUUAAUACAUAUACUAAGGCGAAUGGAGCUUUCUUUUAAUCGGUUAUGCUGGCUUCGAAACCAAAGUAAACCGGUUGGGAGCAAGCGGUUUAUUUAUAGUAAUAUAUAUAUAUAUAGUGUCUCUCUUCCUCUCUGGAGCUCUGUUUAGUUUUACUGUCGCUCAAAAAGCUGGAAAUUCCCAAGCCGCAGUCAACCUCUAUCAGUGCCAAUACCAGUACCCCUUUUAUUCCCUCAUAGACUUUAACACUCAUCGAUCUUGUGUGUGUCUGUGUGUGUGUGUAAAUAUAUGAGAGCCUUUGUGCGCCAGUACAACAUCAUUAUCGGUAGCUUCACUUCACUUCACUUAUAUAGACGAUGUUGUGAUCGCUGUGGCUGCCUUUGUCAUUUAUCUGCCUUUCAACGUGAAUAUAUGUACAAUGAU